GAAAUACGUGUUAGCAACAUGUCGCUGUCAUAUUAACUGCAACGUAGGACGGCAUGUAAACUUCCCAAGACAGAGAUAAAGCCGGUGUUCAACAUAGCUCAUUAGCUAACAGCAGGCUAGCUUAGUUUGCUAACGUGUUUUUACAUCAAACAAUGUUCUUGCUUGCGUCCGUGAUGAUACGUAGUUUGUUGUCACAUACCAUUCAAAGCUACCAAAGACAGCUGGCCACGCUAUUUAUUUGUAUAUGGUCAAACAAAUCAUCCGGUUUUAACUUUUUGUUAAAAAGUGCUUGCUCAGCUAACAUUACCUAGCCAGAUGACAAAGACGCCCCAUGCUAAUAUUACGAGCGAUGAAGAUAUUCAAUAAAUCCAUGUAAAUGUAUAAGUAUAUCUAUCUGACAACACAAAUAUCACUGACACGAUACAUUGCACAGUUAAGAGUACACGCAAUGUACUGUAAAGUAUUUUUUAAACAUAACUUGGAUUAGUAGUACGCAUGCAUGCAGGUAUCUAUUCACCCCCAUGGCUAUGGGAGAGGCAAUGGUCCAUGAAGAGUUUUGGUUACACACAGAGUGGCUUGUCCACCAAGAUCAUCAGCAGGCACUGGAGCACAGAUAACACCUCCAAACUGAUUAACCAUGAUCCCCAUCACUGAGCUUCGGUACUUUGUGGACACACAGCCGGCAUACCGCAUCCUGAAACCAUGGUGGGAUGUGUUCACAGACUACAUCUCCAUUGUUAUGCUAAUGAUUUCGGUGUUUGGGGGGACACUGCAGGUCACCCAGGACAAGAUGAUCUGCCUGCCCUGCAAAUGGGUGGUCAAUGAGACCUGCAAAAAGAACUUCACUGCUACCCUCUCCGAAUCAUUGUUCACGGAACCCAAAGGAAUCCAGUAUGAUCUUGAUCGCCACCAGUACAACUAUGUGGAUGCUGUGUGCUAUGAGAAUAGACUGCACUGGUUUGCCAAGUAUUUUCCUUACCUAGUAUUACUCCACACUCUUAUUUUCCUAGCUUGCAGCAACUUUUGGUUUAAGUUUCCACGGACAAGUUCCAAACUAGAGCACUUUGUGUCCAUCUUGCUGAAAUGCUUUGACUCUCCAUGGACGACGAGGGCACUGUCGGAGACAGUGGUUGAAGAGAGUGACCCAAAACCAAUGAAAAUGAACGGCUCAAUGGACCACAAGGAGUCCGUUAUCAGUGAGGAUGUCGAAGCAAGUGUUCCUAUGCUCCAAAGGACAAAAACACGCUUUGAGCAGGGCAUUGUAGAUAGAACAGAAACUGGGGUUUUGGACAAGAAAGAGGGUGAACAGGCAAAAGCCUUGUUCGAAAAAGUCAAGAAGUUCCGAAUACACGUUGAGGAAGGAGACAUCGUGUACAGACUGUACAUCCGUCAGACUAUCAUCAAAGUCAUCAAGUUUAUAUUUAUAAUCUGCUAUACAGGGUAUUAUGUGCAUGACAUUAAGUUCAGUGUUGACUGUUCAGUAAAUAUAGAGAGCCUGACCGGUUACAGUGUGUACCGUUGUGCCCACCCGUUGGCUACACUUUUUAAAAUCCUAGCCUGUUUCUACAUUAGCUUAGUAAUGGUGUAUGGUUUUAUCUGCAUGUACACGCUUUGCUGGAUGCUUCGGCGUUCUCUCAAGAAGUAUUCCUUUGAGUCGAUACGGGAAGAGAGCAGCUACAGUGACAUACCAGAUGUUAAGAAUGACUUUGCAUUCAUGAUGCACAUGAUCGAUCAGUACGACCCUCUGUAUUCUAAACGAUUCGCUGUCUUCCUCUCGGAAGUCAGCGAGAAUAAGUUGAGGCAACUUAACCUCAACAAUGAGUGGACACUAGACAAGCUCCGGCAGAGGAUUACCAAGAACUCUCAGGAGAAGUUGGAGUUGCACCUUUUCAUGCUAAGUGGCAUCCCGGACACAGUCUUUGACCUGAUGGAGCUGGAGGUUCUUAAACUGGAGCUCAUCCCCGAUGUCACCAUCCCGCCGAUCAUCGCCCAGCUGAUCAACCUGCGAGAGAUGUGGCUGUACCACACACCGGCCAAAAUCGAAGCUCCUGCUUUGGCGUUUUUGCGAGAGAACUUGAAGUCCCUGCACAUCAAGUUCACUGACAUCAAAGAGAUUCCUUUAUGGAUCUACAGUCUGAAGAACCUCAGCGAGCUUCACCUGACAGGGAAUCUCAGCGCCGAGAACAACCGCUACAUUGUCAUUGAUGGGCUUCGGGAGCUCAAGAGGCUCAAAGUUCUCCGUCUAAAGAGCAAUCUCACCAAGCUACCUCAGGUGGUGACCGAUGUGGGCAUGCACCUCCAGAAGCUUUCUGUCAAUAAUGAAGGCACCAAGCUGAUGGUGCUCAACAGCUUGAAGAAGAUGGUUAACCUGACAGAGCUGGAGCUCAUUCGCUGUGACCUAGAACGCAUACCACACUCAAUCUUCAGCUUGCACAACUUACAGGAGAUCGAUUUGAAAGACAACAACCUUAAGACCAUCGAGGAGAUCAUCAGCUUCCAGCACCUUCAUCGGCUAGUCUGCCUUAAGCUCUGGUACAACCAGAUUGCCUAUAUCCCCAUCCAGAUUGGCACACUGACCAACCUUGAGAAACUUUACCUGAACAGAAACAAGAUCGAGAAGAUGCCCAGCCAGUUGUUUUAUUGCCGCAAGCUGCGCUUCUUGGACCUGAGUCAUAACAACCUGAACUAUAUCCCGGCAGACAUUGGCUUCCUCCAGAAUCUCCAGUACCUGGCAGUGACCGCUAACAGGAUCGAGAGCCUGCCUAAUGAGCUGUUCCAGUGCAAAAAGCUUCGCACUUUGAACUUGGGAAACAACUGCCUGCAGUCCUUGCCAUCGCGGUUUGGAGAACUGACCGGGCUGACACAGCUCGAACUGAGAGGAAACCGUCUGGAGUGUCUGCCCGUGGAGCUGGCCGAGUGCCGACAGCUAAAGAGAACCGGCCUCGUGGUGGAGGAGGACCUCUUCAACACCCUGCCCACGGAGGUCAAGGAACAGUUAUGGAAAAGUGACAAAGAACAGGCUUGAACUGUGGCUGUGAGAUAAAAUGGAUACUGUCCGAGUGGGACCUGACACAGGCUGUAAUGCCUAUACUGUCCCCGAAGGCUUGUUGCAGCAGACAAGAGUACUGCUGCAGUGUACUGCCAGUAAGGUUGGGUAUCAAGAACCAGUGACAAGUAAGCAUAAUCAAAAUAUUGAUGGCUUCAGGUUGUUAUCUUAAUUCAUGACUGUGCAGUUGAGUUUCCUUCCUUUACAAACAACCCCUCAGGCCUCCACAUAACAACCCAGUGAUGAUGCUUUCCAGCAGUAAUGUAGCAGUGGCAUUAUGAACAGCAAGAUUAGUGUACACGUUAUGCAUUUCAGGUAUGGUGGAUCAUUUAAGUAUGAAAAACUCUGGGCAAACCUAAAGGCAGUUCCCACCGCUCAGUGUCUAUAAUAUCAGACUUUGUUUAAUCAAGAUAGAAUACACAAAUUGUCCAUUUCCCAAUUAACUUGGUAGAAGGGUGUGGCAUGGACCAAAAGGAAUAUUUUGUUUUAUUUUUCACUUUUUGGAUAUUUUCCAGAUGGGGAAAUAAACCCUUUGCCGCGGUCUGCGCUCUCCGGUUAUCCAUUUAGUUAAUCUUGAAAUCAUGACAAGAUGGAGGCUUUUUUAUUCUUUUAUGGAAAAACAAUUAAAUGUUUCACUUAUAAUAUCUUACAAGUCUUUCGAUCAAAGAAACAGAUUUGAUAUAGUCUUGCUAAUUGUUGAAAUAAUGAAAGUUUAGGGAUUCAGGGGUGCAUUUCUUAAUGUGGAAGGGUCACUCAGUCAACAGUCACUUAUGUUGUUGAGACUGAGGAUUUGCCUUUGAUUGGCCUGAGUCUUGGUACCAGCACAACAUGUGGUAUUAAACUACACUAAACACUAAAAAUUGCAAUCGUACAUGGAGCCAGUUUACGUGCGGGGGGGUUGAAGAUGGCCACUUUUUGCAGAAAGUUGUGUAAUGUGUUUGACCUAGCACUAACAAAAUCAGUUAUUCUACUUAAUGCAAACUAAUUGACUAGCAUUACAAGAUAGCCCUCCCAUAAAAGGACAUUUGUGGAGCCUCUCAUCGACGAGCAGAUACCCAACCCUAUCUGCCAGUAUACUGCUCAGUGGGAACAACAUCCAUUUCAUGGUUAUGCUGCAUCCACAUUGUUUGUAAGUAAUUGCACAGAACAAAACGAACCAAUCUUAGGAACAUGCUGAAGAUGUUUUGAAUGAGAUUAGUUAUCUCUGCAUCAAAAUCAUUUGAAUGAGGUUUAUACAGGAUGACACUAUAUUGACAUUGAAAAGAGCCACCAAGUAUUAGUGAUGUGCUUAAAAUAGAAGCAGAUGCUUACCUGAAACACUAGACUAGUUUAUUUCUCUUUCUGUUGUGGGUAUGACGCAUAUAUCCACUGGCAUGCCCUGAUAGUUGAGAUUUAUGCAGAUAGCAAGUUCAUUUCCAAACAUCUCCUAAAAUCACCUGGCCUUACAUUUAUUUUAAUUUGUUAUAACAGUGUAAGUGUGUAGUUAUUCUUUUAAUUAAAUGUCACUGAAUUGCAUCAUUCAAAACACAUUGCAAUAUUCAGUGUAGAUGUUUCCCCUGCAGUUACAUUACAUAUUUAAUCUAAAGCUAUUGAAACUGCUAUAUUGGAUGAAAAUGUAAUAACCAGUUAUUUGUGUGAAAGAACAAUGCAAUAAGGUCCAAAAGGCCAUUUCUGAAACUUCAUUUCUGUGUUACCUUUGAGCUUCUACCUCAAAAAGCUUAACACUUUAAUAAACAAGAUACAUUCCACCAGAUGUAAAGAUAAAUUAUAGUUUCUACAAAUUCAUCCUACAUAUUGGCAAGAAAUAUUAAAUGGCAGUUACCCGUUCACAUGAUUUUCUUCCUGAACCAUUUCUGUUAUGUUUUGUUGAGACAUCUGCAGGGUGAUGUUUUUUUUGUAUUUCAUCACUUUCUUUUCCUUUCCUCUCUGUGACCAUACUUGACUCCAGGAAUCAAGUUUGGCAGAUAAAAGAUACAUAUGUUGUCUCAAUGUUUUGGUGACACGUUAUAAGAAACUAAGUUUGAUUUAGAUUUGAAUUAAAUUAACUAUUUAUGCCAGGCAUUUGUAUUGUGUAUCAUAUGGAAACCCAUCUUCACCAGGUAGAAGUAAUAUCCUAUUUUGUUUAAUGUUCAUCAAUGGGUUGUUUAAAAUUGAACUCAAAGUAAGUCCUGGGUUGCCACCAUCUAGAAAGUAAAAUAAUAUUAUUUUGUCAUUGAUUGGACAUAACUUGGUGUCAUAAUCUGUUGAUUUAUAUUAUUCAUAGUUAUGGGAAAUAUUUUUCAUUAUUAUUGUAUGUUUUGUCCUGUCAUGCAUGGGCCUCCAUACUUUUCAGCUCUAACCAAAUUUUUUUUCAAAUGUUCUGGUUUCAACGUUUGUGGACUUUUUGAGAAAUGUUUAAAACUUUUUGCCUGAUAAUGACUUUUCUGCAAUUGUGUUUUGCCACAGUAAGCAGCACCUUGCUAACAAUGCUAAAAACAAGAUCAAUGCACAGCUCUGACGCAGCAAAGCACACAAUACGGGCUCUUAUGUAUACCCCGAGAACAAAAUAUUAAAUCAGUUUUUGUUUUAAUAAACCUAACUGCAAAGAAAACCUGGAGAGUAGCAAUAUACAGUAACAUAACUGCAUUGAAAAGCAUAGGAAUACUUUAAACUAUGUACAUUUAUUUAAUUAACAUGUUUCACUAUGCGAUAUUGUGCAAUAUUGCCUUCAUUUAAACUAUGUCAUAGUAAGUGAUGUAGUACUGUAAUGUGCAUUCUUUUUCCCUGCUUUUGCACUAUAGCAUCUCUCCCACAUGUUAACGCAAAUACAAACGAUGGUAUACAACUUCAAGUAUACAACACAUGUUUUCUGAUUAUUCUAUAUGGAAAGGUUUGACUAAAUAACUGCCAGUCAUAAGAUUGAAAUGAUAUUAGAUAGGUAUUUCACAUUUUAUUUGAAAGUAUUUCCCUUUACGUCACAGCUGGAGCAUUUUAAAUAGCACACUCAGCAAUACACCACAGACUAAGACAAUCAACUACUCAAUGUGAAGUGUUUCAGUGAGUACUGCAAGUAAAGGGUCAGUACAUUAAAAGGAUUUGUGUAGGUUGCUAGGAACAUUUUAUAGAUUAGCUUUUGAUCUCAUUGUUAAUAUUUUGUUCUGUCUUUCCCUCCUUUUUUAUGAUUUUGAUUAAUAUUAUUUUUUUCAUUUUGACAGCUAUUAGUAUUAUACAUUAUAACUAAAUUUCUCAGGAAGCCAGCUAGUACUCACUUCUUUUUUGAGUUAAUUGCCUAUUUUUGAUUACACCUGGUAUUUUUUAAAUUAAUUUAAACAAUUGUUUUAUACAGUUAAAGUUUUAUAUGCAUUUCUAUACAUUCUUUUUCUAGUUUGGUGUAUUUAAUAUUGACUGCUGGCUCAAACUAAAUGUUUGUGUUUUUCAAGACACUUGGUUUAACGUUGAUUCUGUGUUUUCCUCAAUGACCAUUUACAAAGUGAGCUGUAGUGUUUCAGAACGAUGAGUUAUUCAUGGUUAGCAUGGAUGAAGUGUGUAUGAUAGUGUUAUCCAUGUGUAUGUAUGUAUGUUGGCGUGAUAAGACCCUCACUCCACGAUGUUCAUCUCUUAAAUGCAAUGUUCUUGGGUACAAAUUAUUUUUUUCAAUGUUUCCCAACUCUAAUCUAAUCCUUAAUUUUUCUUUAAUAAGAAAUGUCAUCAGUGUAUCGGUAUUGACAAGAAUGAUGUUACAGUGAGUGUUCUGUUUGAGCAUGUGUCCCAUCAUCUCCUACACCGCAUCCCCUCCAAAUAAAACGAAAUAAAGUUGGUUGACCUAA